GCAGCUAUCCAGGCGGCUGAAAAACCAUGGCUAGGGGUCGGCGCUGAGGCUGCGCGAGGUGGGCUGAGCAGGAGCGGGAGCCGGAGCCGGAGCCCGGGCCGGGCAGGGCCCACCGCUACCAUGUCUACACAGAGGCUCCGGAACGAAGACUAUCAUGACUACAGUUCCACUGAUGUGAGCCCCGAGGAAAGCCCAUCCGAAGGCCUCGGGAGCUUCUCCCCCGGCUCCUACCAGCGCUUGGGAGAGAACAGUAGCAUGACAUGGUUCCAGACCUUGAUCCACCUGCUAAAAGGCAACAUCGGCACGGGACUGCUGGGGCUGCCUCUGGCAGUGAAGAAUGCAGGCCUCCUGUUGGGUCCUCUCAGCCUGCUGGUGAUUGGCAUCGUGGCCGUGCACUGCAUGGGUAUCCUGGUGAAGUGUGCUCAUCACUUAUGUCGUAGACUGAACAAACCCUUUUUGGACUAUGGGGACACGGUGAUGUACGGACUAGAAUGCAGCCCCAGCUCCUGGAUCCGGAGCCACUCCCACUGGGGAAGGCGCAUCGUGGACUUCUUCCUCAUUGUCACUCAGCUGGGAUUCUGCUGCGUCUACUUUGUGUUUCUGGCGGACAACUUUAAACAGGUGAUAGAGGCGGCCAAUGGGACCACUACCAACUGCAACAACAACGAGACCGUAAUCCUGACGCCCACCAUGGACUCUCGACUCUACAUGCUAUCCUUCCUGCCCUUCCUGGUGCUGCUAUCUUUCAUCAGGAACCUGCGUAUCUUGUCCAUCUUCUCCCUGUUGGCCAACAUCAGCAUGUUCGUCAGCCUGAUCAUGAUAUACCAGUUCAUUGUCCAGAGGAUCCCAGACCCCACCCACCUCCCCUUGGUGGCUUCAUGGAAGACCUACCCACUGUUCUUUGGCACGGCGAUUUUUGCUUUUGAAGGCAUUGGAGUGGUUCUACCCCUUGAGAACAAAAUGAAGGACGCACAGAAAUUUCCAUUGAUCUUGUAUUUGGGGAUGGCUAUCAUCACUGUACUCUACAUCAGCCUGGGGAGCCUGGGGUACCUGCAAUUUGGAGCUAAUAUCAAGGGCAGCAUCACCCUCAACCUGCCCAACUGCUGGUUGUACCAGUCGGUGAAGCUGCUGUACUCCAUAGGCAUCUUCUUCACGUAUGCGCUCCAGUUCUAUGUCGCCGCCGAGAUCAUCAUCCCGCCCAUUGUGUCCCGAGUGCCUGAGCAUUUCGAGCUGAUGGUGGACCUUUGUGUGCGCACUGCCAUGGUCUGUGUGACAUGUGUUCUGGCCAUCCUCAUCCCACGCCUGGACCUAGUCAUCUCCCUGGUGGGAUCCGUGAGCAGCAGCGCCCUGGCCCUCAUCAUCCCGCCCCUGCUAGAGGUGACCACCUACUAUGGAGAGGGCAUAAGCCCCCUGACCGUCAUCAAGGACGCCCUCAUCAGCAUCCUGGGUUUCGUGGGCUUCGUGGUGGGGACCUACGAGUCUCUGAGUGAGCUGAUCCAGCCAAGCCAUAGCGACUCCUCUACCAGUUCCACCAGUGCCUUCAUAUAAGGAUCUGGGUGUGCUCCCUCCACCUGCCCAGCCCCACCCUGUGUGUGUUUCCCAGUAGUGUCCCCACAUCCUCAGGUAUGGUUCAGCCUCUGGAAAAAGGCAGGGUUGCUGCCUGGGCACUCCUCUAUCUGGCAUUGGACCCUUGGGUAACCUGGGCUAGAUGAGACUGAGACUGGGGGGAAGGGCUGGAAGCAGACUCUCCACUUGUGAUGGUGCAUCACUGCUCUCCUUUAUCAUGCCUCCUCUCUCAGCACUGCCCCUCCCCCCCGCUGCUCCCCCCUCCCCCCAUCUGACCUGCCACGCCUAAAUUAUUCCCAUUGCACAGCUCACUUUAUUUAAAAGGUAGUCUCCUGCUCCCGAUGAUUUCUCCUUUCCAGGGCCAGGCCUAGAUUAAAUAAGUGGGGAUUCUCAUGUUUUACAAAGCCAGGCCUCUUUCUCAUCGGGCUCCCAAAUACUGUACCUCACUGUUUCACCCAGCUGAGUCCUGAGAGGGUUCUGGCCACCCCCACCCCCAAUAGUUGACAGCCAGCCCUGAAUGCUGAAGGUUUCCAUCUACUGUCUGGCUUGGGGAACCCACAGGCCACAUCACUUCUUUUCUCAUUUCCUCUGUGUAGGUCACAGUACUGCCCCUUGAUUCCUUUAUCAAGGAUGCUGCCCAGACUGGAGGUAUUUAUAGUGUAUUUAAGCUUAGGUUUCGGACUCUGACUUCAGACCUGGCAUCACGGUGGAUUACUUCUCCUUCAGCAACUUGCACUUGGCUUCUCCUGCCACAGAGAGACUGCUCCAGGGGACCAUGGAUAUGCCCUCUGCCCUCUUGGCUGAGUGGCCUAGAGGCCAUUUUGUUGUUAGUUAGUUUUGUUUUGUUUAGUUUUUGUGUUUCAAGACAGGGUCUCAUGUCACCAAAGUUGGCUUUGAACUUGGUUGCUGUGUAUUCAAGGAUGAUGAACUCUCGGUCCUGUCUCUGCCUCAAGUACUGCGAUUACUAGCAUGAGCUGCCAUACCCAGCCGGCUCAGAGAUCUCAAGCAGAUCAUGUGAGCAUGCACCACCUCUGGAAGACGCGUGCGUGUGUGGACUUCCAUUCAUGAGAUGGACUCCAUGUGGGCAUUGGGAAGUACUAAGGGCAGGAUGAGGUUCCUCUUCAUAGACACUAGGCACAAGGGUCAUUGUUUACAGUUCCUGGGGAGAGAGUAGAAGCCCUACUUUGCCCCAAACUGCCUCUGUAUCCUGGGCUUCCAAGGAACCACUAAACACUAACUAUGACCAUACUUGUCCCCUCUUAUGCCUCCCACAGUCACCUGGCUUCUAGCCCCGUCACCUUAAGCUGUGCCUUUAGAGUCCUCUGAGAGAGUCUGUGGCUUACCACUGCUACCCUGUUGAUGUCAAGAUGUCCAAAGGACAGUUGUUAGCUCCCCAUCUCUGAGUUGUGUGUGUGUGAGAUUCUGCACACGUGUGCGUGUUCACAUAUGCAAACGACAGAGCAGUUUGUGUCUCCUCCACUCUGGUUACCAGGCUCUUAACCUGGAGGUAGGAUUUGCCUUGAACCUUGAGUUCGAGAAAGAAGCAAGAAUUUAUCAGGGUCUUGCUUUCGUGUUUGACAGAAGCUAGUAGCCCAAUCUUGCAGCCAAGCCCUUUCCUGCUGUUCUGUCCAGAGCCUGCUGAGUGACUUCCAGGUCACAGGAUGGGAAGGAUGGUCUCUGGCUACAGCAGCAGCUGUUUGCUAGGAAGAGGUGUUGUUAACUUGGCCCCGCGGAGAGCAAUGCUUUUUUUUUUUUUCUUUUCUGGCGUCAGAAUCCCUACAGGUGCUUAUGUGGCCUGGUGCCAGCUGGGAUUCACAGAUGCCUUGCUUUCUGAAGUCUCAGGCUGGAAAGUGACCAAAGUAGGUUCAGACACUGGCCAGCAACCCAACUGUGGGCUAGGCUCUCUCCUAGAAGCCACCUGAGCUUGACUUCCUGGGUGGGGGGGACUGUUCUCAGAACUGUUAGAGGCACUCCUACCCAGGUCUAGACCCAUUGUCCAAGGCCAGCUAUCUCUUUAGGGCCCCUGGCCUGACACCAUGUGGAGUGCCUUCUGUAGCAUUUGACUGAUGGCAGCUUCCUUGAUACCUUGGUAGGGCCUACAUCUUUUGAUAUCUUGCUGUGCUCCUGAGGCAUUGCCAGUUUGGUGACUUGACUCUUUGAGCAAGAUCAGGGCCUUCCUUGAUGGACACCAGGAAGCUGCUAAGCUCGUGUCACCAGGCGCUGCACACAGCCCAAGCGCACUUAGGAGCCCUGAGUCAGAACCCUCCUGGCCCCUCCCACUGUCAGUUUGGAGCCAGAUGGCCUCUGGUGAGAAAACACAGAUAAAUGGGAGCUUGGACAGAACAAUAUAGGCAAGGCUUAUGGAGACUAAGCCUGAAUCCAGAUGCCCCAGGGGCAGACAUGCUCAGUCCUUGCCAGCCCAGUCCUUGUCUGUACCCGAAGUUUAUCUCCAGAGAUCUGUUAUCCCAGACUAAAAAGCACUUGCUGGGAAGCGUGUGAUCCAGCCUGAGCUACCCACUGUGCUCUCAGCUGUGGCAUCACGUGUGCUGCUGUCUGGGUCAGGAGAGGUAGAGGUUAGCUUAGGCCUGCCCGCCUCACCUCUCUAGCCACACCUCCCGGCAGGUGCUCCUUGUCCGCUCUCCCUGCUGGAAGUCUUGGGUUAAGUGUCAUCAGUGAUCUGAAGGUAGAUCCCAGAGCCUGUCCUUAGCCCCUCUCAUCCUCAGACUUCUCCCUCCCUUCAGUGUCUGCUCUUUGGACACCAUUGUUUCACCUGAUCCUUCCAGAAGUGCAGAGCUCAGAUCAUGUUUACAGCAUUCUCUAGUCCCUUCACACGCCUGCUGAGGGCUCUGGACAUGGGAUUGCUUUCCCUACUGGCCAGCCCCAGCCACCACUCCCACUGGGACACAGGCUUUCUGGGGCCUGAUAUGGGAACCAGACAGAGUGGUAGGAUGUGGCAAUCAGGAGGGUGGUGCCAGGUUGGCUUGAGAAUUUAAUUUUCCAAAGUACAUUACAAAUCAGAUACCAUUAAGGGAAAGCAGGCCAUGUGGCUCAUUUUUUGAAACUGUGGUCAAUACUUGAAGGCUCUUUAGUCCUGCUGGCCGUGCCAGCUUCCGUCUGGCCGGUGUUUUUCUGUGUAUCCCGAGUCAUUCCCUGGUCAGAGACAUUAAACCGUCUCAUAGGUAGUUAUCAGAAAAAAGAAGCGGAAAAUGAGGCUGGAGGGAACCUGGCGUUUGUCCUGCUCUUUGGUUUAAAUCAAGCUGAUUUGAAGAAACUGGAUUUUUUAAUGAAUAAUAAAAUCCCAUGUCUAUAUCAUAAAACUGUCAGUAGAUGUUUGAAUCAAGGAUUGAGAGUGCUGCCAUUCAGAGAGUCUGAACAGUCAGACAGCACUGUGAGCUGUGUGCCUACUCGGUCGUGCAUUACGUACACAUGUGGGUCAUGUCAGACAGCGCUGUGAGCUGUGUGCCUACAGUCAUGCAUUACGUACACAUGUGGGUCUUGUCAGAGCUUCUAGGUCUCAUUGGGUUGCACAUAUGGAUCUUGUGUUAAAUUUCCACUUCAAUAAAUGAAUUUUAUUUUUUAUUUUGA